CCUCAACUUCAUUCCAAUCCAAUCCACUCACCCAUAUAACUCACUGACUAUGCGCGCCUACUACUUUGACAACCUUCCGGGCGACCAGCGUCUCGCUCACGACUCUGGCAAAACCGUCUCUCCUGAAUUGCUCAAGAAGCUCAACGUUCUGUACUGGACUAUCCCCAUCGACGAAGAGGGAGCAUGGGAGGGAAAGAUCAACGAAGUGGCGAAGGAGAGAAGCUACAAGAAUAGAGACACGAUCAAUGUCACUAAGGAGGGGUUGGGGGACUCGUAUGAGAGCAAGCUGAAGACGUUCUUUGAGGAGCAUCUGCAUGAGGACGAAGAGAUCCGUUACAUCCUCUCGGGCGCAGGAUUCUUCGACGUCCGAGAGACCCCUACGGAUGCUUGGAUCCGCAUUCACGUCACUCCCGGAGACCUCCUUGUCGUCCCAGCAGGCAUCUACCACCGCUUCACGCUCGAUGAGCUGAACGCCGUUAAGGCUAUCAGACUGUUCAAGGAAGAGCCCAAGUGGAUCCCUCACACACGAAACGAAGAGACCGACAAGAACCCGUACCGUGUCGACUACCUCUCCAACCUUCCCUCCAGUGUUUCCGUCGCUUGAUCGCCGCCAGCGUUUCCAUCGCUUGAUCAUCCUGAUCCGCUUGCUUGCUUGAAGAAUGUUCCCGGAAUAUCAAUGCUGUAGGCUGUAGUAUUCGAAUGUUGUAGGCUGUCCCGUUUGAUUGUACGAGUUGUAACGCAUUGUAUGCCUGACGAUGUGCAGCAGCGUAUCACAGGAGAAAUACUGAGACGUGUAUAUGUCGUCGCUUCAUAAUGUUGUGAUGUGUGCCCUUGUGUGCUUGUCCUGGAGAGCCACAUUUGACACGGAAUCAUUUACUUCAUUGCA